AUGCUUCUUGAACUCCUUCUCCUGGCAGUAGGGGCCGUAUCGGUCCCUCUUAUUGGUUCUAAUGUGGCAUUGAAAUCAUGCUUCGAAAAUGCUCUGCCAAACUGGGGAAGUUUUGCCUUUGCCGGGGAUCCGUUCUACGACCGCAUUGUGAAUCGCUACAACCUGAACAUUCCUGUUACCCCAGCAGCGAUGACUUUUCCCACCUCUUCCCAGGAGGUCGCUGCUAUUGUCAAGUGUGCUGCAGAGCACGGAUAUCCAGUCCAGGCCAGAAGUGGAGGGCACAGCUAUGGUAACCACGGGCUUGGAGGAAUAGACGGUGCUGUUGCGAUUGAUUUGAGGUAUCUCAAGCAAUUCUCCAUGGACAAUACAACUUGGCAAGCUACAAUUGGGGCGGGGAACUUGUUGAGUGAUGUGACACAACGGCUGUAUUACGCCGGAGGACGGACUAUGUCCCAUGGAAUUUGUCCUCAAGUGGGCUCGGGGGGACAUUUCACAAUUGGUGGUCUUGGUCCGACUUCGCGUCAAUUCGGUACCGCACUUGAUCAUAUAUUGGAGGUUGAGGUGGUCCUCGCCAACUCGAGCAUUGUCAGGGCCUCAGACACGGAGAACCAUGACCUCUUUUGGGCUAUCAAAGGUGCUGCUUCGGGCUAUGGUAUCGUCACGGAGUUUAAGGUCCGAACUGAGCCUGAUCCUGGUAUUGCGGUGCAGUUUGUAUACAGCUUGCAGAUUGGCACCCCCAAGCAGCAGGCGGUCCUUUUCAAGAGCUGGCAGGCCUUUGUGUCAGACCCGAAGUUGACUCGAAAGCUGGCAUCCACGCUCACUGUACUUGAGAAGAGUAUGGCAAUUACCGGUACCUUCUUCGGCACGAAGGAAGAGUAUGAUAAGAUGAACCUCAGCAGCAGGUUCCCUGGUGCAAAUGGUAGUGCAUAUAUUUUUGAUGACUGGCUAGGUAUCGUCGCCCACUGGGCUCAGGACCUCGUUUUGAGAUUAGGCGCUGGAAUUCCAACAAAUUUCUACGCCAAGUCUACUUCUUGGACGGCCCAGACCCUUAUGACACCGGAUACUAUCGACAAAAUGUUUGAGUAUAUUGGUACUGUCGAUAAGGGAACUUUGGGCUGGUUCUUGUUGUUUGAUCUUCAGGGAGGUUACACCAACGACAUUCCCAUUAAUGCUACAUCUUACGCCCACCGUGAUGUGCUCAUCUGGCUACAGUCCUACACACUCAACUUCCUGGGACACAUCUCCCAGACUCAGAUUAACUUCCUCGAGGCGCUUGAUAAGAUUGUCACUAAUGGGAACCUUCCCCACGCUGCCUACCCGGGCUACGUUGAUCCUCGUAUGCACAACGCUCCCGAGGCAUACUGGGGUACCAACCUCCCUCGACUGCAGCAGAUCAAAUACCAAGUUGACCCAAACAAUGUGUUUCGGAAUCCACAGAGCCCAUCUCCUGUAAAGAACGGAGAAUCCUUCCUUUUGUGA